GCCCUUUGGGUUAAGCUAAACACUGAUGGUGCUUUCGACAGACAUACCGGAGCUGCUGGAGGAGGGGGCCUGAUUAGGGAUCAUGGUGGGGCACUCAUCUCUGCCUUCCAUGGGCCACUCCGGGCCUCCUCGAGUUAUGAUGCAGAGAUUCAGGCGCUCCAGAUUGGUCUUGAGAUUGACGCCUCGAUCUCCUCUCAUGUCUGGAUAGAGAUGGAUGUUGCGGUUGUCAUCACACUUUUUUUUGACAUCUGGCCACCAGGGCUCAUGGCAGAUCCAACAUCCUCUUAUGCGUAUCAGAGGCACCCUCCGCUCGAUCCAUUACCAG